AUGGAAGUUUUGCAAAAUGGCUUUGCCAAGUUUCCAAAAACUAAAGUUUCUGAGAAGCCCCUUUCUAAUGGAACAACAAAUCAUCUUAACUUGAUAACUGAAACAGAGGAUUUGAGCAACAUGGAUCCUUCUCGUAUUUUUGUCAACAAGGUUAAGCGUUUGGUUGUUAAGGUUGGAACAGCGGUUGUUACUCGAAGUGAUGGAAGAUUAGCACUGGGUAGACUUGGAGCUCUAUGCGAGCAGCUCAAAGAACUAAACCUUCAAGGCUAUGAAGUUAUAUUGGUGACUUCAGGUGCUGUUGGUCUUGGCAAACAAAGACUUAGAUAUCGCAGAUUGGCAAAUAGCAGCUUUUCUGAUCUUCAAAAGCCACAAGGUGACCUUGAUGGAAAAGCAUGCGCCGCUGUUGGGCAGAGUAGUCUCAUGGCUCUAUAUGAUACCAUGUUUAGCCAGCUAGAUGUGACUUCCUCCCAACUUCUAGUGAAUGAUGGGUUUUUUAGAGAUUCAGGCUUCAGAAAACAACUAUCAGAAACAGUUACCUCGUUAUUAGAGUGCAGGGUCAUCCCCAUUUUCAAUGAAAACGAUGCUGUCAGUACUAGGAAGGCACCAUAUGAGCAUCAUGUGCAGGAUUCUUCUGGUAUAUUUUGGGACAAUGACAGUUUGGCUGGUCUAUUAGCUCUUGAACUUAAGGCUGACCUUCUUGUUUUAUUAAGUGAUGUUGAGGGCCUUUAUAAUGGUCCUCCAAAUGAUCCAAACUCAAAGUUAAUCCAUACGUAUAUAAAAGAGAAACAUCAAAAAGAAGUUACUUUUGGAGACAAAUCAAGAUUGGGCAGAGGGGGUAUGACUGCUAAAGUUGCUGCCGCUGUUUCUGCUGCUAAUGCUGGUAUCCCUGUUAUUAUAAUUAGUGGCUAUGCCACCGACAACAUCAUACGAGUGCUUCAAGGGGAGAAAAUAGGGACCGUCUUUCAUAAAGAUGCACAUCUGUGGAAAAGCUUAAAGGAAGAGACUGCACAUGAAAUGGCAGUUGCAGCACGAAAUAGUUCUAGACGUCUUCAGGCCCUAAAAUCUGAAGAAAGGAGGGAAAUAUUGCUGGCCGUGGCUGAUGCAUUGGAGAAAAACCAAAAGCUGAUAAGGUUAGAGAAUGAUGCUGAUAUUGCUGAUGCGUUGGAAGCCGGAUAUGACAAGUCUCUGAUAUCACGUUUAACCCUGAAGCCUGAGAAGAUCACUAGUCUUGCAAAGUCUGUGCGCGUGCUGGCAGAUAUGGAAGAACCAAUUGGCCAGAUUUUGAAGAGAACUGAGCUAGCUGAUGACCUUGUAUUGGAGAAAACAUCGUGCCCUCUUGGUGUCCUCCUGAUUAUAUUUGAGUCACGACCCGAUGCUCUUGUUCAGAUAGCCGCAUUGGCAAUCCGAAGUGGGAAUGGCUUAUUACUUAAAGGAGGAAAGGAAGCCCGAAGAUCAAAUGCGAUCUUACACAAGAUCAUUACUUCAGUCAUGCCAGAUACAGUUGGCAGCAAACUUAUUGGGCUUGUCACUUCAAGAGAUGAAAUUCCAGAUCUACUCAAGCUUGAUGAUGUGAUAGAUCUUGUGGUCCCUAGAGGCAGUAAUAAGCUGGUUUCUCAAAUCAAGGAGUCAACAAGAAUCCCCGUUCUUGGUCACGCCGAUGGAAUUUGUCAUAUAUACGUUGACAAGUCUGCUAAUAUUGAUAUGGCAAAGCAUAUAGUUAUGGAUGCAAAGACUGAUUACCCUGCAGCUUGCAAUGCAUUGGAGACUCUUCUUGUACACAAGGAUCUGUCAUCUAAUGGUGGACUUAAUGAGCUUAUCCUCGAACUCCAACGUGAAGGUGUUGAAUUGCAUGGUGGACCAAAAGCUAGUGCCUUGCUAAAUAUUUCUGAAGCGAGUUCUUUACAUCAUGAGUACAGCUCACUUGCUUGCACAAUUGAAAUUGUAGACGACGUCUUUGCUGCCAUUAACCACAUAAAUAAACAUGGAAGUGCUCAUACUGAAUGCAUUGUCACCGAAGACUCUGAAGUUGCUGAGACUUUCUUAUCUCAAGUUGACAGUGCUGCUGUAUUCCACAAUGCAAGUACGCGGUUUUGUGAUGGCGCACGGUUUGGGCUUGGGGCAGAGGUCGGAAUAAGUACAAGUCGAAUUCAUGCUAGAGGUCCUGUAGGAGUCGAGGGGUUGUUGACAACCAAAUGGGUAUUGAGGGGAAGGGGACAGGUGGUUGAUGGCGAUCGAGGUGUCAAUUAUACUUUCAAAGAACAGCCAAUAAACGCAAAAUAA